AUCAUCUUCCAAAGCAUGUCAUCAUUGAUAUUCCGGAUUCUGUCUCAAGCCCAACUCGUCUCAGUCCACACACUCGACGCACGUUAAACUUUUUAUCCUACUUUUAUUCGUCAAAUCUAUUAGAAUUGAACUCACCAUGGUGGGAUUAUAACAAUCCACUAGUAUAUCGGGUACCUUGGUGUCUGAAUUGGAAGAAAGGGUUGAGCAAAGGAGUGAUUUUAAUCAAUUCAGAUGUAUCAUUGAGUCACCUAUUGUACGCUCUUAACGGAUCUGUUGUUGGGCUUAUUGGAGAUGCAGUCGUCGACGAAGAGACAGCGGUGGACGCGUGUGAUGAGGAUCGUUAUAAUGAUGAAAAGAUAGAUGCUACAAAGCCUGUUAACGCG